GCAUCAGAGAGUGAAAGUGCGGCCCACUUCCUGUCACAUAUUCCUCUGAGGGGGCGGCUUUAAGGAGGUUUUAUCAGUGUGACCCAGCUGGGUUUGAUGGUGCAGUCUUCACACUUCUUCAGACUGAUACUGACACACAGACACGCUGGUGACGCUGUGUGUGUGUGCUGGCAUGUGGUGUUUUGCGCUCGUGUUGAAGGUGGUGCUGUCAUUGCUGGGCAGUGAGAUGACCGUGGCUCAGCUCUCGUGUCCUGAGGUGUGCUCCUGUGCGGCCGGUGUGGUGGACUGCAGUAAACGCGGCCUCACCACGGCCAGCCUGCCCUCCUCCUUCCCUCCAUACACCACCGAACUCCACCUGAACGACAACCAUCUGACAGCUCUGCCCAACGGCCUGCUGGACUCACUGCCCGCCCUGCGCCUGGCCGCCCUCCACGGGAACCCAUGGUCAUGUGACUGCGGCAUCCUUUAUCUGAGAGGCUGGCUGCUCAAACAGAGAGACAACAACUCCAUACGGAACGUCAGCUGCAGUUCUCCUGCUCACCUGCGGGGGCGCGUGCUCGCCUAUCUGUCCGAGCACGAGCUGCUGGAGUCCUGUCGUUACUGGCUGUGUAACCUGGCUCUGGCCUCUCAGAUCAGCCUCUUCAUCUUCAUCGCGGUGCAGGUGCUCCUGCUGGCCUCUGUCAUCCUCUUCCUCCGGAGGUUUGAGCUGCUCACGCAGGAGGCGCGACGCACGGCCGCGGAGAGCUUCACGGCGGAGGAUGACGCGACGCGCAGCGAUGAAUACGCGAUAUUAAAAGACAGGAGAUUGUAGGACGAGACGGUCUUAAACCAGACCAAAACGAACGACUGUGUUCAUUUCAUUGUAAUAAUUUUGCACAGUUAAUUUUUAUUUGUCAUAUAAGAAUUUCUUUGUAUUGCUUUAAAAAUAUAUAUUUUAUUUGCAUACAAUCAGGCAAAAAAAAAAAAAAAACCCAGCUGAAUUUAGUUUAUACAAACAAAUAGCUAUUUACUGUAUAAAAAAUAAAUAAAUAAAUGAAAAAAUAUAUAUAUAUAUUAAAAAACGUGAUCACGUCACUCUGUCCUUGGCAGUGUUGGGGAAAGUUAGGCUACUUUUAAAAGUAAUGUAUUACAAUAUUGCAUUACUCCCUAAAAAAGUAGUUACUUAGUUACUUUUUAUGUAAAGUAAUGCGUUACGUUACUUUUGCGUUACUUUCUAAAUAUGAGCAGGGCUUGAUAUUUUUUAUAUAAAAAUAUAAAAAUAUAGAUUUUUUUAAUAUAAGAAGCUCUAUUGAUAGCAAAUGUAAGAGCCCUUUCACACCAAAACGUGUAAUGAAUAAACCUCAGACUGAAGGAAAAGUAAAUUCACGUCUGUACAGUAAAAAAGCUGGAGAAGAACGUUUAACUCUUCAGCAAAAAAAUU